AUGACUAUUUCUUCUGCGCAUCCAGAAACAGAACCUAAGUGGUGGAAAGAGGCCACCAUCUAUCAGAUUUACCCAGCAAGUUUCAAAGACUCCAACAACGAUGGAUGGGGUGACAUGAAGGGUAUUGCUUCCAAGUUGGAGUACAUCAAAGAGCUUGGCGCCGAUGCCAUCUGGAUUUCGCCAUUCUACGACUCGCCACAAGACGAUAUGGGUUACGAUAUUGCCAACUACGAGAAGGUGUGGCCAACUUAUGGUACAAAUGAGGACUGUUUUGCCUUGAUUGAAAAAACACACAAGCUAGGUAUGAAAUUCAUUACCGACCUGGUCAUCAACCAUUGUUCCAGCGAACAUGAAUGGUUCAAAGAGAGUAGAUCUUCCAAGACCAACCCAAAGCGUGACUGGUUCUUCUGGAGAGCUCCUAAGGGCUAUGACGCUGAAGGCAAGCCAAUUCCUCCAAACAACUGGAAGUCUUAUUUCGGUGGUUCCGCAUGGACAUUCGAUGAAAAGACGCAAGAAUUUUACCUGCGUUUGUUUGCCACUCGUCAACCAGACCUUAAUUGGGAAAGUGAAGAUUGCAGAAAGGCAAUCUACGAAAGUGCGGUUGGAUAUUGGCUAGACCAUGGUGUCGACGGUUUUAGGAUUGAUGUGGGGAGCUUGUAUUCUAAAGUCCACGGCUUACCAGACGCUCCCAUUAUCGAUAAGAGCUCAAUUUGGCAAUCCAGUGAUCCAAUGACUUUGAAUGGGCCACGUAUUCAUGAGUUUCACCAAGAAUUGAACAAGUUUAUCAGAGACAGAGUUAAGGAUGGUAGAGAGAUCAUGACAGUCGGUGAAAUGCAGCAUGCAUCCGACGAGACCAAGAAGCUAUAUACAAGUGCUUCCAGACACGAGCUUGGUGAGUUAUUCAAUUUUUCCCAUACCGAUGUUGGGACUUCCCCCUUGUUCCGUUACGACUUGGUCCCAUUUGAAUUGAAGGAUUGGAAAAUCGCCCUUGCAGAGCUUUUCAGGUACAUUAACGGGACUGAUUGUUGGUCAACAAUCUAUUUGGAAAACCACGACCAACCUCGUUCUAUCACGAGAUUUGGUGACGAUUCUCCAGAGAACCGUGUCAUUUCUGGUAAGUUAUUGUCAGUUCUAUUGGCGUCGCUGACCGGCACUUUGUUCAUUUAUCAAGGACAAGAGCUGGGUCAAAUCAAUUUCAAGGACUGGCCUGUUCAAAAGUACGAGGAUGUUGAAAUUAGGAACAACUACAAGCUUAUAAAGGAAGAGCAUGGGGAAAAAUCAGACCAAAUGAAGAAGUUUUUGGAAGGAAUUGCUUUAAUCUCUAGGGAUCAUGCGAGAACCCCUAUGCCUUGGACUCAUGAAGAACCAAAUGCUGGCUUCUCUGGUCCCGACGCUAAACCAUGGUUUGAUUUGAAUGAGUCCUUUAGGGAAGGCAUUGAUGUUGAGGACGAGACCAAUGAUCCAAACUCUGUUUUGAACUUUUGGAAACAGGCCUUGAGAUUCAGAAAGGCGCACAAGGACAUUACUGUCUACGGUUAUGAGUUUGAGUUCAUCGAUUUGAACAACAAAAAGUUGUUUAGCUUCACAAAGAAGUACAAUAACAAAACAUUGUUUGCUGCUUUGAACUUUAGCUCUGAUAGUGUGGAAUUCACGAUUCCAAAUGACAGCGCAUCGUUUAAGUUAGAGUUUGGGAACUACCCAAAGAAAGAAGUCGAUGCGUCUUCCAGAACUUUGAAGCCAUGGGAAGGAAGGGUCUACAUCGAUGAAUAA